AUGAAAUCUGUUGAGGGGCAGGGACGCCCCUCGCCCCAACCCUGGCCGGCCCGGGAACUUGCAACUGAGCCGGCCCGCAACAGCCAGAAACCGCAGCGCAACAGCCAGAAGCCGCCCGCACAGCCAGGAGCCGCCCGCAACUGCCAGGAGCCGGCCCCGCAACAGCCAGAAGCCGUCCCGCAACAGUCAGGAGCCGCCCGGCAACAGCCAAAGCCGCCCCGCAACAGCCAGAAGCCGGCCCGCAACAGUCAGAAACCACAGCGCAACAGCCAGAAGCCGGCCCGCAACAGCAAAGCUGCCGGCAACAGCCAGGAGCCGCCCCGCAACAGCCAGGAGCCGCCCCGCAACAGCCAGGAGCCGCCCCGCAACAGCCAGGAGCCGCCCCGCAACAGCCAGAAGCCGGCCCGCAACAGCCAGAAACCACAGCACAACAGCCAGAAGCCGCCCCGCAACAGCAAAGCUGCCGUCAACAGCCAGGAGCCGCCCGCAACAGCCAGAAGCCCCCCCGCAACAGCCAGGAGCCGCCCCGCAACAGUCAGGAGCCGCCCGCAACAGCCAGGAGCCGCCCCGCAACAGCAAAGCUGCCGGCAACAGCCAGGAGCCGCCCGCAACAGCCAAGAGCUGCCCCGCAACAGCCAGGAGCCGCCCGCAACAGCCAGGAGCUGCCCCGCAACAGCCAGGAGCCGCCCGCAACAGCCAGGAGCCGCCCCGCAACAGUCAGGAGCCGCCCCGCAACAGUCAGGAGCCGCCCCCGCAACAGCCAGGAGCCGCCCCGCAACAGUCAGAAGCCGCCCCGCAACAGUCAGAAGCCACCCCGCAACAGCAAAGCUGCCGGCAACAGCCAGGAGCCGCCCCGCAACAGCCAGGAGCCGCCCCGCAACAGUCAGGAGCCACCCGCAACAGCCAGGAGCCGCCCCGCAACAGCAAAGCUGCCGGCAACAGCCAGGAGCCGCCCGCAACAGCCAGAAGCCGCCCCGCAACAGCCAAGAGCCGCCCCGCAACAGCCAGGAGCCGCCCGCAACAGCCAGGAGCCGCCCCGCAACAGUCAGGAGCCGCCCCGCAACAGUCAGGAGCCGCCCCCGCAACAGCCAGGAGCCGCCCCGCAACAGUCAGAAGCCGCCCCGCAACAGUCAGAAGCCACCCCGCAACAGCAAAGCUGCCGGCAACAGCCAGGAGCCGCCCCGCAACAGCCAGGAGCCGCCCCGCAACAGUCAGGAGCCACCCGCAACAGCCAGGAGCCGCCCCGCAACAGCAAAGCUGCCGGCAACAGCCAGGAGCCGCCCGCAACAGCCAGAAGCCGCCCCGCAACAGCCAAGAGCCGCCCCGCAACAGCCAGGAGCCGCCCCGCAACAGCCAGGAGCCGCCCCGCAACAGCCAGGAGUCGCCCCGCAACAGCCAGGAGCCGCCCGCAACAGCCAGGAGCCGCCCCGCAACAGCCAGAAGCCGCCCCGCAACAGCCAGGAGCCGCCCCGCAACAGCCAGAAGCCGCCCGCACAGCCAGGAGCCGCCCCGCAACUGCCAGAAGCCGCCCGCAACUGCCAGGAGCCGGCCCCGCAACUGCCAGGAGCCGGCCCCGCAACUGCCAGGAGCCGGCCCAAAACAGUCAGGAGCCGCCCCGCAACAGUCAGAAGCCGCCCCGCAACAGUCAGAAGCCGCCCCGCAACAGUCAGAAGCCGCCCCGCAACAGUCAGAAGCCGCCCCGCAACAGUCAGAAGCCGCCCCGCAACAGCAAAGCUGCCGGCAACAGCCAGGAGCCGCCCGCAACAGCCAGGAGCCGCCCGCAACAGCCAGGAGCCGCCCCGCAACAGCCAGGAGCCGCCCGCAACAGCCAGGAGCCGCCCGCAACAGCCAGGAGCCGCCCCGCAACAGCCAGAAGCCGCCCCGCAACAGCCAGGAGCCGCCCCGCAACAGCCAGGAGCCGCCCCGCAACAGCCAGGAGCCGCCCCGCAACAGCCAGGAGCCGCCCGCAACAGCCAGGAGCCGCCCGCAACAGCCAGGAGCCGGCCCCGCAACAGCCAGGAGCCGCCCCGCAACAGCCAGGAGCCGCCCCGCAACAGCCAGGAGCCGCCCCGCAACAGCAAAGCUGCUCUGAGCCCGGGGCACCGCCGACCCCGCACCCGCACCCGCGCCCCCAUUGUGAUGCGCCCGCCCCGAACGUCGCCGCCCGGCCCCCGGGGGACACAAGAGGGGCGGCGCACGGGGCUCCGGACGGGCGGACAGGGGGACGAGGGACGGAGGGACGUACAGCCGCAUCCCCGGCGGAGACGCCCCCGCCCGCGAGCCGCACCCGGGAGCCCGCAGCCCGGCUCCCCGCCCCCGACCUCCCCCCCACCGCCUCGAACCUGUAGCCCCCCAGCCCGGGCGCGGACCCUGAGGACGUGCGGCGACGGCCGGGGCCCGCGACGCCUCCGCUCGCUCCUCCGCGAGGUUCCCGCCGGCCCGCGACGCGGCCACUCGGGGCGGCGGCGGAGACCCAGAGCCGCCGGGCAGGUUGCGGGCCGGCUCCGGGAGCUGCUUCUCGCGAGAACUGACGCGCCGAAGAGGAGAGGCUGA